AUGGGCAGCAUCGAGCCUUCCGUCUACGAGCCAAAGCCGGCAUUCAAGACACCAUGGGUCGAGACUCCUCUGGUCGAGUCUGCCAACCUGUCUCGCGCUGCUGGUUGUCGGGUUUUUCUAAAGCUGGAAAACGUCCAGCCCAGCGGCUCCUUCAAGUCCCGCGCAAUGGGCAACCAGAUCCUGUCUCAUCUCCGCAACCCAGCCUACGCCAACCGCCCCGUCCACUUCUAUGCCUCAUCCGGCGGAAACGCUGGCCUGGCGGCCGUCUGCGCCGCCCGUAGCCUGGGUUACCCUUGCACCGUCGUCGUGCCGCUUGGCACCAAACCCUUGAUGCUCCAGAAGAUCCGGGCAGCGGGCGCAGCAGACGUCAUCCGCCACGGCGAAACGUUUUCUGAGGCCGGCGAGUACAUGCGCGAAGUUAUCAUGAAGAACAAGUCCGGAGAAGACGACAACACGGCUAAAAUUGCUCUUCAUCCCUUUGACAAUCAGCCCAUCUGGGAAGGGAACAGCACCAUCAUCGACGAGCUGGAGAAGCAGCUCCCUUCCGCCGCCACCGCCGAAGAAGAGGCCGCCUAUCGCGGCCGCGCCCUCCCCGUAGAUGCUGUUCUCUGCAGCGUCGGCGGCGGCGGCCUUCUCAACGGCCUAGUCAUGGGCUUGGAGAAGCGCAGACAGCAGAACAUAAACGCCACCGGGAUGACGCCGCCCAGCCCCAUCCACCUCCUCGCCAUUGAAACGGCUGGUACCGAUUCCCUAGCCGCUGCCAUCGCCAAGAAGUCCCUCGUCUCUCUCCCGAAGAUCACCUCCCAAGCCACCUCCCUCGGUGCCAUCCGCGUCUCGGAGACAACCUUCCGCUACGCCGUGGCGCCUCCACCAGGGAUCAAGGUGCACAGUGCCGUCCUGACAGACGCAGAAGCUGCGCGGGGCUGCCUCCGUCUAGUGGAUGACGAGCGCUACCUCGUCGAACUUGCCUGUGGCGUCUGCAUCGAAGCGGCCAUCGGCGACGCUGCCACUUCUGCAUCGUCGGUCUCCGCCGCCGCAAGGGGCCAAAGCGUCAAGAGGCGGAAGCUGGGUGCAGACAACUCGGCGGUUUCCAUUAGUGAUGAGGGCUACGGUGAUGAUCGGUCGUCUUCAAAUGAGACUGACCCUGAGACGGAACAGGAGGUCGUCGUCGACCAUGCCGGACAUGAGUCGUCUGGAUCUCCUCCAUUAAAGUCGAAGCUGAAACAGCUUAUCCCCGACCUCAACUCCCAAAGCCGCGUUGUCAUUAUUGUUUGUGGAGGCAGCAACGUCACCAUCGAGACGGCUGGCGAGUGGAGGAAGUUGUUGGCCGAGGGGUGGGAGUGA